AUGAGAAUUACAAGUACAUCUUGUAUCUGCCCUGUCCUAGUUUGUCUCUGUUUUGUGCAGAGGUGUUACGGAGCUGCUCACCAUGGCUCCAUCAAGGUGACUAGAAACCAAACCAAACACAUAGAAGGCGAAACAGAAGUGCAUCAUCGUCCCAAGCGUGGAUGGGUGUGGAAUCAGUUCUUUGUUUUAGAAGAACACAUGGGACCAGACCCUCAGUAUGUAGGAAAGCUGCACUCGAAUUCCGACAAAGGUGAUGGAUCAGUCAAAUACAUUCUUACUGGAGAAGGUGCGGGGACUAUAUUUAUUAUUGAUGACACGACUGGAGACAUCCAUUCAACCAAAAGCCUAGAUCGAGAGCAGAAGACACACUAUGUGCUUCAUGCGCAAGCUAUUGAUAGACGGACAAACAAGCCACUCGAGCCUGAAUCUGAAUUUAUUAUCAAAGUGCAGGAUAUCAACGACAACGCACCAAAAUUUACAGACGGACCAUACAUUGUUACUGUGCCAGAGAUGUCUGAAAUGGGUACGUCUGUUCUGCAGGUGACAGCCACAGAUGCGGAUGACCCUACAUAUGGAAACAGUGCCAGAGUAGUGUACAGUAUUCUUCAAGGACAGCCAUAUUUCUCUGUUGACCCUAAAACAGGUGUCAUCAGGACUGCCUUGCACAACAUGGACAGGGAAGCCAGAGAGCAUUAUUCCGUUGUCAUUCAAGCCAAAGAUAUGGCUGGGCAGGUCGGAGGGCUGUCAGGGUCAACAACUGUAAACAUCACACUCACUGAUGUCAACGACAAUCCACCCAGGUUUCCUCAGAAACAUUAUCAGCUAUAUGUUCCUGAAUCAGCUCAAGUUGGAUCAGCAGUUGGCAAAAUCAAAGCAAACGAUGCAGACACUGGUUCAAAUGCAGACAUGAAGUACACAAUUAUAAAUGGUGAUGGCUCUGGGGUGUUCUCCAUAUCUACUGACAAAGAAACAAGGGAAGGAAUUCUUUCCCUGAAGAAGCCCCUCAACUAUGAAAAAAAGAAAUCAUAUACACUUAAUAUAGAAGGAGCAAAUACUCACCUUGAUUUCCGCUUUUCACACUUGGGACCAUUCAAAGAUGUAACAAUGUUGAAGAUCAUUGUUGGUGACGUGGAUGAACCUCCGCUCUUCAGUAUGCCUUCCUAUGUCAUGGAAGUUUAUGAAAAUGCAAAGAUUGGGACUGCUGUUGGCACAGUAACAGCAGAAGAUCCUGACACUGCCAACAGUUUAGUAAGAUAUUUCAUAGAUCAUAACACAGAAGAAGAUAAAUAUUUCACCAUUGAUGCUAGUACUGGGACCAUUAAGACUGGCAAGAUCUUUGACAGAGAAGAGACACCUUGGUACAACAUCACAGUGGCUGCUUCUGAGAUCGACAAUCCUGGGCUAGUGAGCCACGUUCCAGUUGGUGUUAGAAUCCUGGACAUCAAUGACAACCCUCCUGAGCUUGCCAGAGAGUAUGAUGUAGUUGUCUGUGAGAAUGCAAAGCCUGGUCAGGUAAUUCAAACUAUCUCUGCAACUGACAAAGAUAACUCUGCAAAUGGGGCAAGAUUCCAUUUUUCCCUUGAUGAAGGGCUUGCUUUGAAUCCCAACUUCACCCUAAGGGACAAUGAAGACAAUACAGCCAGUAUCCUGACAAGACGAAGGAGAUACAGUCGAACCACUCAAGAUAUCUAUUACCUCCCAGUUUUGAUUUCUGAUGGUGGAGUGCCCCCUCUCAGCAGCAGCAGUACUCUCACAAUUAGGGUUUGUGCAUGUGAGAGAGAUGGACGAGUGAGAACAUGCCAUGCUGAAGCUUUUCUCUCCGCGGCUGGCUUGAGCACAGGAGCUUUAAUUGCAAUCCUGCUCUGUGUUGUCAUUCUUCUUGCAAUCGUGGUCCUUUUCAUCACGCUAAGACGUAGCAAGAAGGAGCCCUUGAUCAUUUCAGAAGAAGACGUCCGGGAAAAUGUUGUGACAUAUGAUGACGAGGGUGGUGGAGAAGAAGACACAGAAGCAUUUGACAUCACAGCACUCCGGAAUCCAUCAGCUGCUGAGGAGCUAAAAUACCGGAGGGAUGUUCGUCCUGAAUUGAAGCCUGCGCCCAGGCAUCAUCCCUCCUUAAGCCUUGACAGUAUAGAUGUUCAGGAGUUCAUUAAACAAAGACUGGCAGAGGCCGAUCUGGACCCCAGCGUGCCCCCAUAUGACUCCCUACAGACAUACGCCUAUGAGGGACAUAGAUCAGAAGCUGGAUCUAUCAGCUCUCUGGAUUCAGCCACAACAUACUCUGACCAGGAUUAUAAUUACCUUGGAGACUGGGGACCUGAGUUCAAAAAGCUAGCUGAACUCUAUGGGGAAAUAGAACCAGAAAGAACAACUUAG